AUGCAGGGACUGGGCCAGAGGGAUGGCGAAGCCACCGGCUGCUCCCCCAAGCCCCCCGGGCAGGAUUCGCCAGCGGCCCCUCGGACCCCGAGAGCAGGUCAGGCGCCGCACCCCUGGCUGGGCCUUUCGCGCAAGUGCAAGCUGUGGCCCCAGGGCGUCUCCCGGCUUCCCCGGCAGGUGCAGAGCGAUUCCCGGGAGUGCGGGGGCCCCGGGGGGGCUGGCUUCCUGCCUGAGGUGCAGCACCAGGCGGUCCCCCUCCGAGUCCCCGUUCCAAAGCCAACCGGACAAGCCACCGAAUCUUCUGGCAGCGCUCCUCAUGGGACACCUUGUCCGCCACACGGGCAAAUGGCGGGGUGCUCAGGGGAGUGGGGCAGCCACGCGGCCCUCGGGAGACCCCGGCACCUGCUCACACCACCCAGCGGCAGGGCUGGCCCCGGACCUGAGCACGUACCUGCCAAAUCGCGGGGCGGCCAUCGCGCUGCUUGUCGCUGGGCUCCCCUUCGGCCUUGUGGGCGACGCCAGCUCUUUCUCCCCACCAAUGAGGGCCCCCCUUUUCGCCUCUGCCCCCCAGCAGUGGCAUCUGCUAGCUCCCCUCCCCAAGCGCUCCUCCCCGAACGGUGCAGCACCCAGAACCCGCCAGCGGACACCCCAGCUCUGCUGGCCACCUGCGCUUUCCCCACCAAGGGAAGCGGCACGCCUGCCCGCCCCUGCGUGACCUCCCAGGACCUCUUUCCUCAGGGCGGUGACCCCUCGGGGAUCCCCGUACCAGGCGCCAGCGGGAAGCCGACGGAAGGCUACAGGAAUUUCAAGGACGGGCCCCUGACGGACCGCGUGUACAGGACCUACCUGCUCAUGCACACCAACCAGACGGUGGAGUUCGUGCGGAAGAAGAACGAAGAAUAUGGGGGCUGCAGCCGCUGCCAGAUGUCUAUCAUGGAGGUUCUGGACCUGCUGGACAACGUGGUGGAUGAGUCGGACCCGGACGUCGACUUCCCCAACUCCUAUCAUGCCUACCAGACGGCCGAGGGCAUUCGCAAGGCGCACCCUGACAAAGAUUGGUUCCACCUGGUCGGGCUGCUCCACGACAUGGGGAAGGUCUUGGCACUAUUUGGGGAGCCACAGUGGGCUGUGGUGGGAGACACGUUUCCGACCGGCUGCAAGGUCCAGCCCUCGGUCGUCUUCUGGGACUCCACUUUCCUUGACAACCCCGACCUGAAGAACCCCGUGUACAGCACCGAGUACGGGCUCUACCAGCCUCACUGUGGCCUGGAGAAGGUUCUGAUGUCGUGGGGCCACGACGAGUACAUGUAUAAGGUGAUGAGGCACAAUCGCUUUGCGCUCCCUCAGGAGGCUUUCUACAUGGUCCGGUUCCACUCCUUCUACCCGUGGCACACGGGCGGCGAUUACAUGCACCUCUGCAGCGAGCAGGACCUGCGGAUGCUUCCCUGGGUGCAGGAGCUCAACAAGUUUGAUCUCUACACCAAGAGCGGAGACCUCCCGAAUCCGCAGGAGCUGAAGCCGUACUACCAAAGCCUCGUGGACAAGUACUGCCCCGGCCGGCUGGCCUGGUGA